AUGACCGUUCCAAGUACCGAUACCGAAGCGUUGCAGCAGGCACUUCGCGACAGGCUGCCGCGCUAUGCGGUGAUAUUGUACAACGACGACUACCACUCCAUGGACUAUGUGGCGGAGGCGCUGGUAAAGAGCGUACCCGACCUGAUUGUCGAAGAGGCUGUAGGCAUCAUGUUCGAGGCGCACAAUUCGGGCAGCGCUGUGGUGAUCGUGUGCCUGCUGGAACAGGCAGAGCUGUACCGCGAUCGCAUACGAGGCUAUGGGCUAGGUGUUGAUAUCAAGCGCGAGUAG